AGGAAUCAUCAUGGCCAAACUUAUGCUUGAAGUCGUCGACGCCACCGACCUUAUGCCCAAAGAUGGUCAAGGCUCCGCCAGCCCUUUUGUUGAAGUCGAUUUUGACGGCCAACGCCAGCGAACCCAAACCAAAACUCGAGAUCUCUAUCCGGCUUGGAACGAGACUCUCGUUUUCAACGUUGACGAACCCAGAAAUCUGCCCUUUUCCACCAUCGAGGUGACUGUUUAUAAUGAUCGGAAAACGGGUAACCACAACAACUUUCUUGGUCGUGUUCGGAUAUCCGGCGCCUCUGUGCCCUUGUCGGAAUCUGAAGCUUCUGUCCAGAGAUACCCACUUGAUAAACGUGGAUUGUUUUCUAAUAUUAGGGGAGAUAUCGCCCUUAAAAUCUACGCCGUUCAUGGUCAGUAUUUCUCCAAUCAACCACCGCCGCCGCCGUCGAAAGAGCCGGAGCAACAGAACCAGCACCACCAUGUUCGUAAUGAAAAUGAUUGGAAUGAUCGUUUCGAAAGUGCCAAACAGGUACCGGUAGUAGAAGAAAUCAAUACUAAUCAUUUUCCUUUUGAGAAUGAGUACGAGGAGUACGAGGAUAGCCAAGAGAACAAGAAGAAGAACAAAGAUAAACAAAAAGAAGUCAGAACUUUUUUUUCUGUCGGCACCGGCGGAGGCGGAGGUGGGCCAACACCGGCCGCACCACCUCCGGUCACCGUCGAAAGCAAAAGCAACUUCAUGAGAGCAGGACCAACCAACAUGAUGCAUAUGCAGUUCCCAGGGCAAAAGCCACCACCGAACUUCGGGUUGGUGGAGACACGGCCGCCGGUGGCGGCGCGUAUGGGGUUCCGUGGAGCUGACAAGACGGCAACAACCUACGAUCUGGUGGAGCAAAUGCAUUUCUUGUACGUGAGUGUCGUGAAAGCCAGAGACCUCCCGGUGAUGGACAUCACUGGCAGCCUCGACCCGUACGUCGAAGUGAAGCUCGGAAACUACAAAGGGGUUACGAGACACCACGAGAAGAAUCAAUUUCCAGUUUGGAAUCAGGUUUUUGCAUUCUCGAAAGAACGAUUGCAGUCCACCAUGCUCGAAGUGGUGGUGAAAGAUAAGGAUUUGUUAACCAAAGACGAUUUCGUCGGGAAGAUUGGAAUUGAUAUCGUCGACGUUCCACUUCGUGUGCCGCCGGACAGUCCCUUAGCUCCUCAAUGGUACAGAUUGGAGGAUAAAAGAGGGAUGAAAGUCAGAGGAGAGCUCAUGCUCGCCGUCUGGAUCGGAACUCAGGCCGACGAGGCAUUUCCCGGCGCAUGGCACUCCGAUGCUCAUGGCGUUAGUCAUCAUAAUCUCGCAAACACAAGAUCAAAUGUCUAUUUCUCUCCUAAAUUGUACUACUUAAGAAUUCACGUCAUCGAAGCUCAGGAUCUUAUUCCGGUAGAUCGGAGUCGCCUGCCGGAGUUCUUCGUCAAAAUUCAUCUCGGAAACCAGGUUCGAGCCACCCGAGUCUCACAGGUACGAAACUUGAACCCCGUUUGGCAGGAGGAGUUAAUGCUUGUUGCCUCGGAACCGUUCGAUGAGUUCGUUACGAUCAGCAUCGAGGAUCGGAUCGGGCAAGGAAAAGACAUUUGUGUCGGUCGGACCAGCGUUCCGGUGAGAGCGAUCCCGCCCCGAAUCGACUCCAAGAAGCAUCUUGAAGCGGUCUGGUUCGAUCUUGGUCGACCGUCACAUUGGGAGGAAGAAGGCGAGAAGAAAAAAGAGGUCAAAUUUUCCAGCAAGAUACAUCUUCGAUUGUGUUUGGAUGCUGGUUAUCAUGUUCUCGAUGAAUCGACACAUUUUAGUAGCGAUUUGCAGCCAUCUUCGAAGCAUUUAAAGAAGCAAAGUAUCGGAAUUCUUGAACUCGGCAUUCUAAGCGCCCAGAAUCUGCUUCCCAUGAAGAUCCGAGAGGGUCGAAUGACCGAUGCGUAUUGUGUGGCUAAGUACGGAAACAAAUGGGUUCGGACCCGAACGUUGCUCAACACGCUCACGCCACGUUGGAACGAGCAGUACACAUGGGAAGUUUACGAUCCUUGUACCGUGAUCACGAUCGGUGUUUUCGACAACUGCCACAUCAACGAGAAGGAAGAAUCGAGAGACCAGAGAAUAGGGAAAGUUAGAAUUCGGCUAUCGACGUUGGAAACUGACCGGAUUUACACCCACUAUUACCCGUUGCUGGUUCUCCAGCCAUCCGGUUUAAAGAAACAUGGUGAACUCCACUUGGCGAUUCGGUUCACCUGUGUGGCUUGGGUGAACAUGGUGGCUCAAUACGGCCGGCCGCUGCUGCCCAAAAUGCACUACGUUCAGCCGAUAUCGGUUAAACACAUUGACUGGCUCCGCCACCAAGCCAUGUUAAUCGUGGCAUCUCGGCUCUCGAGAGCCGAGCCGCCGCUCAAACGAGAGAACGUCGAGUACAUGCUCGAUGUGGAUUACCAUAUGUGGAGCUUGCGGCGGAGCAAGGCCAACUUCCACCGGAUUAUGUCGCUUUUGUCGGGAGUCACUGCCAUUUUCCGGUGGUUAGACGGGAUCUGUCACUGGAGAAACCCGUUGACCACCAUCCUCGUUCAUGUUCUGUUCUUGAUAUUAGUCUGCUACCCGGAGCUGAUAUUGCCGACGAUCUUUCUUUACCUUUUCGCGAUCGGAUUGUGGAACUACCGAUUCCGUCCACGAACCCCACCCCACAUGGACGCCCGAAUCUCUCAGGCGGAAAUGACACACCCUGAUGAGCUCGAUGAGGAAUUCGACACUUUUCCGACUUCAAGGCCGACGGAACUUGUAAGGAUGAGGUACGACCGAAUGAGGAGCGUGGCUGGUCGUGUUCAAACGGUGAUCGGGGAUUUGGCAACACAGGGAGAGAGAGCAAUGGCGUUGCUGAGCUGGCGAGACUCGAGGGCUACAGCCAUCUUCAUCAUAAUCGCAUUGGUGUGGGCGGUGUUCCUUUACGUGACUCCGUUUCAGGUGGUUGCAGUCCUGUUCGGGCUUUACUGGCUUCGACAUCCGCGGUUUAGGAACCGGAUGCCAUCGGUACCCUUCAACUUCUUCAGGAGAUUGCCUUCAAAAUCGGACACGCUUCUGUGAUUCUGUUUAUAUAUUAUUUUCAGCAAAAUAAAUGCAAUAAAAAUCAUUCAUUCUUUUG